AUGGCAUGGGCUCUAUUGCUCGCCGGAUUGCUUCCCAGCGCCAAGGCUGGGGCCUGGCAGGAAGCAAUGAAGAGCUCUGAGGACUUUGAGGUCAUAAGCUUCGUGACUGCAUUGGACCCCACAGCGCUGAUGCGUACGAAUCUUCUCGAGAGUUUUCCUUUGAAGGUCACUUUGCUUGGUUUGGAGCCAGAAAAGAAGCCAUGGACAAAUCUCCGAAAAUUGCAGCUGCUUCAUCAGCAUGUCGCAAAGCUGCCUCCUGAAAAGGUCGUCUUUGCUAUCGAUUUCUUUGAUGUAGUGUGGCUGCAUUGCCAGCGUGAUCUUGUGGAGAUCUUCAAGAGUUUCGGUCGGCCAAUGGUAUUUAGUGCAGAGUUGCAUCCUUAUCCCAUCUCCCCAGAUGCGCUGGAACGCUUGGAGAGGGCAGAAGGCUAUCCCUUGCUUGCACAGAGAAAGGAGCCGCUUAGAACAGUCGAAGGGAAAACCUACAAGUACUUGAACUCAGGUUGCUUGGUGGGAUAUGCAGGGGCUCUGAAGUUGGCUACAGCCCGAAUGCUGCAGCGCGGUGGCCAAAACCGCUAUGUAAGAAACAGCAGGCUCGCAUCUAGCGAAUUGGAAAGAGUCCAGAUGCAAAUGGGCAUUGAUGAUCAGAUUGCGUGGCAUACAUAUGCUCUACAUCACUCAGAUGAGAUUGCCUUGGACUAUGAUGCAGAUCUCUUUCUUAGUGUUUUGAGUAUCCCAUUGAAAGAUUUCGUUCUGAAACGUGGGCAAGUCUGGGCGGAACCCUUUGGUCGGCCUGCGUGUUUUGUCCAUGGCAACGGUGCCUCUAACAUGGCCAUCUACGUGGCACAGAUCCAGCAACUGGCAAAGACCUAUCCUGGACUUCAACCAGGCAACUGCUCGGAGGUUGUCAAGGAGGUUGGCAAUGCCAAGAUGUGGGAGCUUAACUGCGAUGAUGGCGUUGCACGAGCCAAGCCACGAAGAAAGCUACCGCGGAAAAAGUGUAUUGCAAGUUCUUUGUCAAAUGCCACCCUGGAGUCUUCUUGA